AUCCCUCUUCUUCCUAAGAAAACAAAUAAAAUAAAAUAAAAUAAAAAUACUAACAAAUGAGCUUUUCUUCCUUUUAAAAUUUGUCUUCUUGGUGAUGUUCUAGCACCCACCUCACACUUAUCUCCUUCCACAAAAACCCUCUCAACAAAAAGCACCUUUCCUUCCCCCACAUACCCCACAUCCACACCUUCUGUUAAACCUAGUCCCACGUACUCUUUCCCUCCACCACACUCUCUCUCCUCCUCCUCAUCUUUUCAUUCAAUUAUUUAUUUAUUUUCAUAAUAAAUAACAAAUAAUAAUAACAAUAACAAUAACAAUUUUCCCUCCAUCAUCAUCAUCAUCAUCAUCAUCAUCCCAUGCAGUAGCUAGUACUCUUCCUUCCUCCAAUUCCUUAAUUUCUCCAACCUCUCCUCCAAUGUCCAGCAUCAUAACUCCACGCUGCCACCUUCUCAAACCUCACCAUGCUCUCUCCACCACCACCACCAUUCCCAAGGUCUCCACUUCCGACCAAUCCCUCCACUCCACUUGGUCUCACCGUUUCUGGCUCACCACCGGCUGCGCCACCUUCCUCACUCCCAUCGCCAAAUCCCUCACCAUCUCCCUAACCUCUUCUUCUUCAUUUGAUCUUCUCCCACCUCUUUGCGCCUCCUUCCUUGCCUUCUCCAUCGCCGACCUCGCCACCGGCUUCUACCACUGGUCCAUCGACAACUACGGCUCCUCUUCCACCCCUCUCCUCGGCUCCCAAAUCCAAGCUUUCCAAGGCCACCACAAACACCCCUCCACCAUCACUCACCGCCACUUCGCCAACAACCUCCACGCCCUCGGCCGUGCCAUCACCUUCACUGUCCUUCCUCUCCACCUUGCCGCCAGUGACAACCCCACUGCUCUUGCUUUCAUUGGUGUUUGCUCCGGCUGCAUCAUGUUCAGCCAGCAGUUCCACGCCUGGGCUCAUGAGAAGAAGAGCCGGCUUCCUCCGGUUGUGCUUGCCUUGCAGGAUGCCGGCGUGUUGGUGUCUCGCUCAAAGCAUGCCAAGCAUCACCGCUCGCCGUACAGUAAUAACUAUUGCAUUGUGAGUGGGAUGUGGAAUGAGGUGUUGGAUGGGAUGAAAGUGUUUGAGGUGCUGGAGAUGGUGUUGUUCUUCAAGCUCGGUGUGAGGCCCAGGUCCUGGGUUGACCCAAGUAUUGAAUGGAUGGAGGUAGAAGACGAUGAUAACAUGGUGGUGAUGGUGGACUGAUUCAUUUGUUUUUCUUUUCUUUUCUUUUAUUUAUUUUUUUUUUCUUUUGUU